AGAAUUUGACAGUUGCUCUGUCAACGUCAGAAGAUUUACUUCGGCGCUGCGGAUCGCAUUCAAUUUUUUUCUUCUUCUUAGUUUUGUUUUCGGUAGCCGGUGAAGUUAUACAGUGAUUGUCGCGUUGAAUAACAUUUCUAUUGGCAACUUGUUUUUUUUCUCUAAUAAGUGUGUUUGAAAUGGCGUUUUCAGUACGAAAAGCAAUAAAAAGUGAUAUGCCAGCAAUUUUAGGCUUAAUUCAGGAAUUGGCUGACUUUGAAAAGAUGCCAAAUGGGCCACAGCUAACGCUCAAUGACUUGUACAGAGACGGUGGAUUUGACGGGAGCAAUACUUCUCCACUAUUUUUCUGCUUCGUCGCUGAGGGAACUGAUUCAUCGAACGGCUCAUCACUAGGAAUCGUUGGAUACGCGCUGUGCUUCUACACAUACUCAACCUGGCAGGGUCGAAGCGUAUUUUUGGAAGAUCUUUACGUGAGACCAUCAUAUCGAAAACAAGGCGUUGGAAAGUUAUUAUUCAUUGAGAUUGCGAAACAUGCCAAAGAGAUGAAUGCAAAUCGUUUGGAAUUGCAUGUCCUCGAUUGGAAUCCAGCACGAAAAUUUUACGAAAAAUUGGGUGGCAGCAAUUUAACCGAAAAGGAAGGCUGGCAUUACACUCGCUACGACCGCCAAGCAAUCGAGUCGAUCGCAAACGGCACCAAAUGAAACCAUAAACUUCAUUGAAUCAAUGUAAAUUGUGCAUAAAUGUUUAUGCUUAUAUUUCAAGGAGCAUUGUACUUAAUAGUUUAUAAACAAUAUAUGAAAAAUCAACAUGUUUGAAUAUAAAAAAA